CACAUGUGGGGAGUGUUGUGUUGUGCCCGACGAUCGCAGCAGCAGCAGCAGCACAGCUAAUCAAGCAAGCACCAACAUUUUCUCUUUAUCGUGUGUGUAAAAUAGCAGUGAGAUUUUAAGUUUGUCUCCCGUUUCCAAGCUCACAUCGACUUUAUUGUGGUGGUGGUCAGGCUGAGGACCAUGAUGAUGUUGCCCAGAGAUCGAUUGCAUCUCUCGGGUCUACUAACUGUUCUUUGUCUGUUAGCCAGCGUUGUGCCCAUUACACCGUCUAAGACUUGCAACAACACGAUAUGCGACUGCAAGGGCAUCAAGGGACGUAUUGGCUCCCCCGGUUUGAUGGGCGUGCCCGGUAGUGAAGGCUUUCCAGGCGAUGUGGGACCUGAAGGCCCCGCUGGUUAUUACGGCGAGAAGGGCGACUCCGGCGAAUACGGCGAACAGGGCGAAAAAGGGCAUCGUGGUAAUGUUGGACGCAAAGGUGGCAUAGGUUCCGUGGGCGCUCCAGGCAUUAAUGGUGAGGAUGGCACGAAUGGACCGCGCGGCAUUGAUGGCUGCGAUGGCGCCGAUGGUGCCCAGGGUGCGGCUGGUUCGCCCGGUGCGAAUGGUCCCCGCGGACCCAUGGGCAAGACCGGUUCGCCCGGUGCAACUGGUGAUGCCGGCGAGGGUGGCAUCAACUCCAAGGGCACCAAAGGUAAUCGCGGCGAGUAUGGCAGAAAUAGCAGAGAGGGCCCCGCUGGCUUCAAAGGCGUCACUGGCUACAAGGGUGACAUUGGAUUCGCUGGCGUUGAAGGCCUGAAGGGUGAGCAGGGACCCCAGGGCUACAAGGGUGAAGUGGGCGUGCCCGAGAGCUAUCCAAUCAUGCAGGGCGAACAGGGCGAGAAAGGUGAUCCCGGCGAGAGUGAGCCGGGUGCUCUCACCUUCGAUGAGACUCACAAAGGUGACAAGGGAUUUAUGGGUAAACGCGGCGAUAUUGGUCUACCUGGCUAUUCCGGUGAGCCCGGACAAUAUGGACGUGAUGGUCCGCCUGGUGCCGUAGGCGACAAGGGCGAACGUGGCGAGCGUGGCAAGCAUGGACGAGAUGGUGUUGAGGGCGGACCCGGUGACAAGGGCGUCAAGGGUGCACCCGGCUACAAUGGACUAGAUGGCGAGCAUGGCAAGCCCGGCUACGUUGGCGAGGAUGGCAUCGACGGUACGCCCGGCAUUCAGGGUCCGCACGGAUCACCUGGCAUAUAUGAUCCCACAUUGGACAUAUCACUGCCCGGCACCAUGGGAUCCCAGGGUGAUUUAGGACUACGCGGACCACCCGGUCUGGACGGCAUUCCCGGCAAGCAGGGACGUCGCGGUCUCCAAGGCCGGCCAGGCCCACCCGGUGACGAAGGACUCAGCGGCAACCGGGGUCCACCCGGCCGCAGUGAGAAGGGCGAGGAUGGUGAUUACGGGUUGAUGGGACCACCCGGUCCCCAGGGCACAAUCGGAGUGGCGGGUCCACCGGGUCGCAAGGGCUUCCAGGGCAGGACCGGUCGCAGCAUGUACGGACCGAAGGGUCAAGCAGGCCAAAACGGUAUACCCAGUGCCGAUGGCUAUCGCGGCGAUCGUGGCGAGCGUGGCUUUGCCGGCGAGAAGGGUCUGGCCGGCGAGGGUCUGAACAUUGUGGGACCACCCGGUCUGCAGGGACCGCCCGGUAAGCGGGGCAGCCAUGGCCUGGAUGGGCGUUACGGCUACCGAGGACCACCCGGUGACAAGGGCAUACGUGGCGAUGACUGCGGCAUCUGUCAUGCCGGACCGCCUGGCCAAAAGGGUCUGGCCGGCGAUGGUGGCUAUCCGGGCGAUCAUGGAGCACGUGGCUUGGCCGGCAUUACGGGAGCACGCGGCCCCAAAGGCAUCAGCGGUAAUCCAGGCAAGCGUGGCUACCAGGGCGCACCCGGUUGGAGGGGUUCGACGGGCAUGGACGGUACGCCCGGCCAGAAGGGCACACCGGGUGAGCGGAUAAUAGUCGGCAGUCUAGAGGCACCCGAAAAGGGAGAUGCAGGCGAAGAUGGACGACGCGGCGAACAAGGUGCCCAGGGUGAUCGGGGUCUGAACGGUUGGGAUGGCAUAAAGGGCGCUAAAGGUGAAGCCGGUAUUCGUGGUGAUUUCGGUGAGCCGGGACGACCGGGCGAGGAUGGCUCACCCGGUCGCGAUGGUCCCAAUGGCAUACCCGGCAAACCUGCUCCCACACCCAAGAUAUAUCUAGCUGGCAGUCCCGGCUACAAUGGCAAGAAGGGUGAACGUGGCGAUUUUGGCAGCGAAGGCUUUAAGGGUGACAAAGGUGAACCGCAUCCCGGCGAGAUAAUCGAGAAUCGUGGCCAGAGCGGUGAUAUGGGCUACGAAGGCCUACGUGGUCGUCCCGGACCCAAGGGAGAACGUGGCGAGCUGGGACUCAAGGGUGAAACGGGUGAUAUGGGCAUGCCCGGCAAUAUGCUCACUGGUGCACACGGCGCCAAGGGCUAUAAGGGCGAAAAUGGUGACUACGGUCCAUCGGGCAAGCCAGGUAAUUUUGGACGCGACGGUGAGGCUGGCCUGCCCGGCGUCAUGGGCUACAAAGGACAACGCGGUGAACCCGGACAAUACAUACUGCACGGCGAAAUGGGCGACCAGGGACGUGCCGGUAUUAAGGGCGUUGUUGGCGACGAGGGACCCAUUGGCUAUCCCGGAGAAAGUGGCCGGCCUGGACCCAAGGGCCCGAAGGGCAUCCGUGGCGAUGACGGUCAGUGGGGUCAGGCAGGUCUGCCCGGCAACAAGGGGCAACGCGGCGACAUCGUUAUCGGACCAUCCGGACAGGAUGGCGCACCGGGUCGAGCGGGCAGGCAAGCUCAACACGGUGCCAAGGGUGCCAAGGGCAGUGUCGGUGGCAUGGGACCAGUGGGUAAGAAUGGUGUCAAGGGUAGCAUUGGCUACACCGGCCGACGCGGCAAUCUUGGCGAGACGGGUCAACUCGGCUUCAUCGGUGAACCUGGUCCCAGGGGUCUGCCCGGCAUUCCCGGCGAGCAGGGCGAUCGCGGCGACAUCGGUAUCGAUGGCCGCAACGGCGACAUGGGCAAACAUGGCCUCUUCGGCGAAAUAGGGCUCAAAGGCAUUGCUGGUGACAUUGGUCCAUUCGGUUAUCCGGGCAUCUCUGGUAAGCCCGGCCAAAAGGGACUGCGCGGUGACCAGGGCAUGACGGGACGCAUCGGUGCCAAGGGUGCCUCCGCCUACAGUGGCAACAAGGGUGAACGGGGCGAUGACGCCCGACAGGGACCACCCGGCAACAUUGGUGCACCCGGCAUCAAGGGUGAACGUGGCGCACCUGGCGAAUCACUACCCGCCAACGAUGGUCAGCCGGGCUACAUUGGCGAAACGGGUCAAUCGGGACGCAACGGUUUGAACGGAUUGGAUGGCCUGAAGGGAGUGCGUGGCGAAUUUGGCAUGUAUGGCAGCGUUGGCAUGAUCGGUGAUCGUGGCGAUGAUGGUCCCGUCGGCUUUCCGGGUCGCAAUGGCAUGCCCGGUCUCAAGGGCAGUCUGGGCGAGAUUGGACUGCCGGGUUCAGCUGGUCCACCGGGCGAUGUCGGCGAUAUUGGCUACACGGGAAUGGUGGGCCUGCAAGGCGACCAAGGGUUGCCCGGUGAUUACGGCCUCAGAGGCAUCAAGGGUGCACCCGGUGAAAUGGGUGACAUUGGUGACCGCGGCGAAAUUGUCUUCUGGGGCGAUGUGGAGGAUAAGCGUGGUGAAUCCGGCGAGGAUGGACUCGACGGACGACAAGGCCUCAUUGGUGAGCCCGGCAUGACCGGCGCUGCUGGUCUGCCUGGUGCACGUGGCGAAGCUGGUGAUAUUGGAAGCGCCGGUCAGUCGGGAAUGAAUGGCCAGCCCGGAUUUAAAGGCAUGCACGGCGAGAAGGGCAUGCGAGGUCCGCCCGGCCUAACGGCGAGUGUUGAGCGCGGCUUGGAGGGAGACAUGGGCUACGAUGGCAUUCAUGGUCGUCCAGGCCGAACCGGCCAGAAGGGUGCACCCGGUGAGCAGGGCGAAUACGGAUUGAACGGUGAGAUUGGACCACAGGGACCGGUGCGCAUCGGUGCACCCGGUCCACCCGGUGAUCACGGCUAUCAGGGAGCACCUGGUCGCCCGGGCAUACGCGGAUCGCCCGGUCCCGAUGGCGAGCGCGGCAACACUGGCCGCCAGGGUGAUCGGGGUGAGGUCGGCUUCGCCAUCCUGGGCAGGCAGGGUGACAAGGGUGACAUUGGUGAGGAGGGUGCAGACGGCUCCCAGGGCCAUGCCGGAGAACUAGGCAUGAGCGGACGUCCCGGUCGCGAUGGCAUUAUGGGACCACGUGGUCCACGCGGCGCAGUCGGUGACGCCGGCUGGAGCGGUAUCGAUGGCUUGGACGGUCUGCCCGGCACACAAGGUGAGCCAGGCUUCACCUACUCCUACGACUAUGCACAGCCCGGCGAUCGUGGUGAGCCCGGCAAGGAUGGUUUCAAGGGCGAACGCGGCGAUGUCGGCGCACCCGGCCUAGUUGGUCGCAUUGGCAUGCGAGGCUUAAUUGGUUAUCGUGGCGAUGAUGGAGAGGUGGGCUUCCUGGGCGCUGAUGGCAUCCAGGGACAACGUGGCGACAAAGGUGAAAUCGGUUUGGCCGGACAUAUCGGAUUGCGCGGAGCGCCGGGUCCACCCGGUGAACCGGCACCAGCACCGCCAGCACCAAAGAGUCGUGGCUUCGUCUUCACCCGUCACUCGCAGUCCGUCAGCAUUCCCGUGUGCCCGGCAAACACGAACAUGCUGUGGGAGGGCUACUCGCUCUUCGGCAAUGUGGGCAGCAGUCGUGCUGUUGGCCAGGAUCUAGGUCAAUCCGGCUCCUGCCUGAUGCGCUUCACAACAAUGCCGUACAUGUUCUGUGACCUGAACAACGUUUGCAACUAUGCGCAGAACAAUGACGAUAGUCUCUGGCUGUCCACCGCCGAACCAAUGUCAAUGACCAUGACUCCCAUUGAGUCGAGGGAUCUCAUCAAGUACAUAUCACGGUGCGUUGUGUGCGAGACCUCGACCCGAGUGAUUGCUAUGCACUCGCAGACCAUGUCCAUACCGGACUGCCCCAGCGGCUGGGAGGAGAUGUGGACCGGCUUCAGUUACUACAUGACAACCAUGGAUAAUACGGGUGGAAUUGGCCAAAGUCUUGUGUCGCCCGGCUCCUGUUUGGAGGAGUUCCGUGCCAAUCCCGUCAUCGAGUGUCAUGGCCAUGGACGUUGCAACUACUACGAUGCAUUGGCCUCCUUCUGGCUGGCCGUCAUCGAGCAUCAGGAUCAGUUUACGCAACCCCGCCAGCAAACCCUGAAAGCGGAUCAGACCAGCAAGAUUAGCAGAUGUACUGUGUGCCGUCGUCGUGGCGAUAGCUUCUUCAGUGUCAGGCGUACCUCGUCGGCAGACGUCUACAGUAGCUCCGGAUCGGGCUCCAGCAGAGGGUUCAGCUCUGAGUCCAACACAGGCUCCAACACAGGUUCCAGCUCAGGCUACAACACAGGCUCCAACACAGGAUACAACACGGGCUACAACACGGGCUACAACACGGGCUACAACACAGGCAAUUCACGUCCAAGCUCUGGUUCCGGCACGGACUCCGGCUCCCGCUUGGGCCCCGGCCCCGGCACGGGCUUCCGUUCCGUCAAUGGUUUCGGCACUGGCUCCGACUCUGGCACGGGCUACGGCUCCAACUCGGGUUACGGGCCCGGCUCCGGCAUGGCGAGACUUAGGGCACCGUCACCGGAUCCGAGAUCCUCAUCAGCGCCAUCGUCGUACUACGGCUGGAAGACUGGCUAUGACAAGGACGGCAACGAGCUCCGCUUUCAGCCGCAAUCGUCGGUACGUCAACCACAACCACAACCAGCGCCGGCCAAUUACAAUCGCGGCUAUCAGUUCCCCAAUCAAUACAAUCAAUACGGCGCAAAUAGGCGCGAACAUCGUCGGCGUCCGCGCGACGACACCUCCGCUCCCUAAGUUAAGUAAUAAAAUAAAUAAUUACUUCUAAGUCGGUAUCACUAUAUCCGUUAAUACUCCUACAACCACCUCUCUCCCACUGAAAAACAAAACGAAAGCGAACCCAAAUAAUAAUAGUAAUAAUAAUGAUAAUCUAUAAAAAUAGUGCGAGGCGAAACUACUUCCCAUAAUCCCACUGCCCAGUUAAUAACGUAUUUCUAUACUUGAGUUCUUCCGCUUCUUCUUUGGGGAUCACAACAAAAACAAGCUUACACUUAACCCACAAAGCGAAACAAACAUCAAAUUUUUAAUAAAUAAAAUGUACACAUCAUAAA